AUGCACCCAAGCCAAUCAGUACUAUUGAAUAUAUUGAAGCAUGAUCCAACUUUAUUAGAAGGCUAUACACAGAUUGAAAAUAAAGUAUACAGAAAGGGUGCCCCCUUAGACCAAUACCACAAAAAACUGAAAAUAUUUUGGCCAGAAUCGAUAUCAAAACAAUUAGUACAUACUUAUGAACAGCAACUCAAAAGUGGUACCGCUAAUAAGGCAGUGAUUCGUGCUUUAUGUAUAUGCAUGCCAAGAGACAGUCUAAUACAACUUCUCAUUCAAUACAUACCACAACAAGAUGUCAUAAAUUGGGCCACUAUUGAUGAAGGGAAUUUAAACAUACAACAGAAUUUGGCUAUGAAUAUGCAUGUAGCUCGUCCGCAACCUGGACCAGAAAUAGUCUUGGAUUAUGCAAAAGGUGAUUAUGUUCCCCAUACUUUACCUGCCCUUUAUUCUAUUUUUUAUAAUUUGAAUUGGUCACAAUCUCAAAAGUUUAUUCCUAUUAUGCUUUUAAAUAGAAAAGUCACUCUACAAAAGCAUGGAAUCCGUUUAGCAUUCAUGAAGCUUUUACCAAUGGAAGUCAAAAGAAUACUAACAGAAGUUCUUAAAGAGAAUAAAAAUUUGACAAUUAGGCAUGUAGCUUUUACAUUAACUUUUAAAGUGUUGUGUAAACAAAACAACCCAGCUAGAAUUCAGCAUUUAUGGCCUAUUAUGGAUAAUUUUUUGAAUGAUUUAACACAUGAAGAAAAUAACGCAAUUUAUGAUUUAUUGUUUCAAGUCGAAAAUCUGCCUCGCUCUGUACAAUCACAAUUUUUUUGUAAAGCUUAUAUGUUUCUUAAGAGUCACAUGACAUCUAAGAAGGACUAUUAUGCAGAUAUGAAGUAUUCCUUCAAGAAUUUAAUUAUCUACGCCCGUGAAAAUUGCAAUCAAUUACCUCCAGAAUUUUUAAAAAGUAUAUUGUUAGAAUAUAUAGAUGAGCUUCCCAACAAAGUUGAUAAGUUUGACAACAGUUCUAAAAUAGAAUUACUUUCUGCUUUCAUACUCUGUUCAUAUACAAAAGAAUCAAUAAGUGAGAAAUGCCAAUCAGUUUUAAUACCAUUUCUACAGAAAUGUUUUAAGCAUUGGAAUGACAUUAACACAGAUGUAGAAAAUAAGGAGAUAAUAGAUGAAUCAAUGUACUUUGUAAGGCUUUGCUUUCAUGAGUUUAUGAACACAUUUUCAAAGGAUACUAGACAAUUUAUAUCUGAAAAAAAUACAAUUGUUCCUACAGAAGCAUUUGAAAUUAUAAAAAAUGAGUUUCAAAAAUUUAUAGAUACUACUUGCUAUUAUUACUUAACAUUGACAAUGUUACAACUUAACUAUACUUUUUUAAUUAUUUUUGAAUCUUGCAAAAAAGAUGGAGAUGAUUGGGAUAAAACUUGUUUUAGAAUGUUGCCAGGAAUGGCCCAAGCAAUCAGUGAUCAUCUUAAAGACCACUGUAACAAGUAUUUCACACAUGUGUAUGUUUUAUUUGAAAGAGUGCUACAUACUAUUCUUACACAAUACCUAACAAAAAGCAUGAUUUUAGAAUUUCUUAAACAUUUAUUAAAUUGUGAAAAGUUUAUUCCUUUGUAUCUGGUGGUUAUUAAGUUGAUAUGUUACCAUUCAGAUGAAUCAGAUGAAGAUAAACAGAUUAUUAAAGAUUUGCUUGGAACUAUUUCUAGUCAUUCUUCACCUGAAGUACAAAUACAUUACUACCAUUGCCGCAACAUUCAACUUAAAAGCAUUACAGAGUCUAUGAUAUGUGAUAGAAUAAAGCAGAAAUAUGAUAAGAAUGUGCAAGUUAAUUUUUAA